GAGUUUACAUCGAUGCAGCCAGAUGAAGAACUAAAAAAAAUGUCUCAAAUAUUGAUGAAUUAAACAUUGCAAUACUUUAUCUACCAUUGAUAAACGUUGUUAAUAUUUUAGCCUAAAAACUGGAUUUAUCUAAACAUGAUAAUAUUUUCUGCUUUAAUUUUUACACUUUACUAAAAGCUUAUUUCAGCCAUGAAAUUCUGUUUGUUCAUGAAAAACAAGGGACUAUAACUGUAUUCCAGAUGUCUUUCAUAUGAGACGCUUCUUUGAUGCCUUCAAUAUACAGAAUGGUUGGCAGCCCUAAUCUAAUACCAAAUGUAAAACAUAAAUGCUGUUUGUUUCUUGUAUUUUGUUUGUGUCUUAUCAGUUGAUUUAAGAUCAUUAACUAUCACUCUGGCUGACUCACAGUGCAGUAACUAGGGAGCUGAUUGAGAUGCACUUGAAUAUUUAUUUAUUUUUCUGUUUUAUUUUCAUCUUAAACAAGACAAAGUGUCCAGUUGCUGGUGAAGGGACUGAGAUCCACCUGACACGAUUAUAAAAAUGGCUUUUAUUAAAGAGGAGAGUGAAGAUGUGAAGAUUGAAGAAACAUUCAGAGUUAAAGAAGAAGAAGAUACUGAGGAACAAACAGAUUUGAUUGCAAUUAAAGAGGAGAGUCAAGAUCUGAAUGAAAUGGAAAAAGAUCUGCAUGAAAAACACCACAGUUUCAUAACUGGAGAAAAAUCUUUUUGUUUUUCACAGUCUGAAAAUACUUCCUCACAAAAAAGAGCUCAGAAGUCUAGAUCUAGAACCUGCCAACAAUGUGGAAAGAGUCUGAACAAAAAAGACAGCAUUAAAGCUCAUAUGAGAAUUCACACCGGAGAGAAGCCUUACUCCUGCCAACAGUGUGGAAAGAGUUUCCCGCGAAAAGAAAGUCUUAGGAUUCACAUGAGAAUUCACACUGGAGAGAAGCCUUACUCCUGCCAACAGUGUGGAAAGAGUUUCCCACGAAACGAAAGUCUUAGGCUUCACAUGAGAAUUCACACUGGAGAGAAGCCUUACACAUGCCAACAGUGUGAAAAGAGUUUCCCGCGAAAAGAAAGUCUUAGGAUUCACAUGAGAAUUCACACUGGAGAGAAGCCUUACACCUGCCAACAAUGUGGAAAGAGUUUCCCACAAAAAGAAAGCAUUAGGAUUCACAUGAAAAUUCACACUGGAGAGAAGCCUUACACCUGCCAACAGUGUGGAAAGAGUUUCUUACGAAAAGAAGGUCUAACGAUUCAUAUGAGAAUUCACACUGGAGAGAAGCCAUUUGUGUGCGGUCAGUGUGGAAAAAGUUUCCCUCAUAAAGCAACUUUGCAUUCUCACAUAAGGCUUCACACUGGAGAGAAGCCUUACAGCUGCCCACUGUGUGGAAAAACUGUGAACCACAAAGGACAUCUUAGAGCUCACAUGAGAGUUCACACUGGAGAGAAGCCUUUCACAUGUGAUCAGUGUGGAAAAUGUUUUGUAUGUAAGGAAGGCCUAACUAGGCACAUGGAGAUUCAUUCAAGAGAGAGCAGUUUUAUAUGCCCUCAGUGUGGAAGUACAUUCACAGACAGGAAACACUUUAAGCGCCACGUUAAAACACAUCGUACAUGAGCCUUUGAUCUAUCAUCACUGUGAAAAGACUUUCACAAGAAAAGCACGCCUCAAGACUCAUUAGAAUUCACACUGGACAGAAACCUUUAACGUGAACAAUGUGGAAAGACUUUCAGACAGAAAACAACACUUUAUAUACCCACAUUAGAGUUCACACCACAGAGCAGUGUUGUAGU